AUGAUGAGUGUAAACAAUGGUGGGACGCUGACCGGCCAGGACACGGCACCCAACGGCACAGCAAGAGCAUCCUGGGAAAGAACCAACACUCUGUCUAACCCAUCCACCCCCACCAAGCAUCUCAAAUCGGUGAGUGUCAAUGUGUCAUGAGAUGAGGAGAAAAAUAAUGAGAAUCUCUCUCCCUCUCACACACACUUUCUCUAUCUCUGUCUGUAUUGUGAGGAGUUUGCAUGCCUUGCUUUAGUGGGAAAAACUAUUUAAUAUGCUAAGGGUACAUGUUCAAUGUUUGAUAUGUAUCUGUUACCUGUCAAUUAGUUCAUUGAAUGUAGGCUACUGUAUAUCCUUUCAUGUGGCAAUUACACUGACAUUUAGAGCAAAUAAGGAAUCAGUUCCUUCAUUUUUAAAACGUUUGUUAGAUAAUAGAUAAGGAUUUCAUAAUGCAUUUGGGCAACUGUAGAAGAGAGUCCAUCUGUUAACAUGUCUGUCUGUAAUGACACAAGUAGCCUACAGUCACCUGCUGCACUGAGUGAUAGAAGACAGACACACUCAUAACCUUAUCUAUGAGCCUGCCUGUGGGGGAUGGGGGGGGGGGGGGGGUUAUUUCAAGCAGCCUAGCUGGCCAAAUGAUCAAAUAUGUCUCCAUGUCCAAUGGUUUGAAAGAAUAUAUUGGUAGUAGAAUUUAACUCUACAUUUUGUCAUAAAAGUGUACCAAAAUAAAAGACAACAAUUCCGUCUCUUUGAAGGGUCUGAGGGUUCAGUUGGUGGGGUCAGUUUUGCUUACCGUAUGCUCGCUGUCAAUGAAACAGGAUGAAGUCUUUACAGACAAACACAUUGUGACAACAUCAAAUGGGUCAACAAGGGACUGAAUAAUAGUUGAGUCCAGUUGUUCAGUAUCGCAGACAGCACUCUGACAGGGUACCAGCAACGGCGGCGAUAAAUAUCUAACCUGCCAAAUUUCAGAGAGGACAAUGCAUCGAAACGAUACCGCUCCCACCACAUGCAAGAGGCAGGGAGGGAUCUUCUUUUAAGUGAACUUAUUUAUUAUCUCGAAAAUCAUUCAAAACUUUAGGUGACAGUAAUUUAAAGAAUAUGUUUAACUCCACAAUCUGCUUUCGGCCUUCUUGAUAUGAAGAAGUCUUUAUUAUUUUAUCUCAGCGAAGUUGUCAUAGGCUAGUAAAUUGAUUGAUUAUAUGACAGAUUAUAUCAGGUUACCACUUGGCUCUAUCUGUCUUCAGGGCUGAGUUUUAUAACAGAGACCUGUACAGAAGCUAUUUGAAGCUGCAAUAAUGGCAAUAUGCCUUAUUGACUAUAAAAGGCAUGCUUACAGAUUUGCCAGAGACAAUUAUUUUAGAAACUAUUUAAUAAAACAAGGCACAGAAAUGUUAAACUGAUGCAAUACUAACACAUCCAUAAAACUGAUUUUAGUGUUCAAAUAAACUAAAUGGAGAGAGAAAGUCAAGAACCAGUUAAAGGUGGUAUUUUACUCGGGUUUGAACCACUAGAAAGGCAGUCAAAGGGUUAACAAGUGGCCGCCAAUCUGGAAUGUAGCUCUGCUUCAUGUGUUAUCAAUAUGGCUGGGGAAUGUAUGUAGUCAUGUCACACUGUCACCUCAGCUCUUGUCACACAGCUCUCUCACUGUGACUGGUCUGAAACCAGUGUGGGGCGACUGACCAGCACUUUACAGUGGGACCUACCCAUGAAAUGAGUCUGUAAUGUGCUCUUCAAAUCUGCUUUGUACAGUUAUGUUUACAGUAAACUAGCUCUCUCCAGCCCACCACCAUAGCCUUUGCCAGUGGUUGAGAUACACCUACAUGAUAUGUAAAUACAGCAGGUUCUAUCCUCGUAAACAUGGUCGGUUCAACCACUGAGGUAAAGCAUCUCCUUUGCUGUGAAAUUUGAUUUAAUCAAAACUGAGCAAGCCAAUACUGUCAAAGAGAACAAAAAAAGUAUGCCCCUUCUUAGUUUAUUCUCACAUCUUUCAUGUUGCUCAUAUUAAAUACCCUUUAAUCAGCUGCUGUACAGUAUUUCACUUUGAGACUGUCUACCACAAGUAGAGCCGUGGACACCAGUAGACCUUUUGUCUCCCUCUGGCGCCACAUUACCCUGUCCCUGUCUGUGGGCCACUAAACCUACGUACACUCCAACUCCAUCAUCACUACCAAGGAAGUCUCAGACUGUAGCAGACUGAUCCACAAGGCUUCUUACCCACAAUGUGACUUGUGUGUGUGUGUGUGUUUUGGAGUAUUUUUGUGUGUUAACGUGUGUGUUGUAUUGUGUGCUGAAGGGGGGGGUUCAAAUAUGAAGCUUUGUUUCCCCUCAUCCAACAGCCUAAGCCUCAGAAUGCCAUCACCAUUGCGGUGUCAUCGCGGGUCCUCUUCAACAUGGAUAAGGAGCAGCAGAUCUACCAACAGAAAGGCAUGGAGGACUACCUCAAGUACCAGAUAGAGCACGAGACAGAGCCCUUCGGCCCCGGUCCUGCUUUUCCUUUCGUUAAGGUCAGGGAAAUGAAGGCAGACAGACAGACAGACAGACAGACAGACACACACACACACACACACAGAGACAUUGGUGGAGAUUGGUGGUCAUGUUCGUCACUGUACAGUUGAAGUCGGAAGUUUACAUACACCUUAGCCAAAUACAUUUAAACUCAGUUUUUCACAAUUCAUGACAUUUAAUCCUAGUAAAAAUUCCCUGUCUUAGGUCAGUUAGGAUCACCACUUUAUUUUAAAAAUUUGAAAUGUCAGAAUAAUAGUAGAGAGAAUGAUUUAUUUCAGCUUUUAUUUCUUUCAUCACAUUUUACAUUUUAGUCAUUUAGCAGACGCGACUUACUGGCCCCCCUGUGGGAAACAAACCCACAACCCUGGCGUUGCAAGCGCCAUGCUCUACCAAGUGAGCUACAGGGGACCAGUGGGUCCAUCACAUUCCCAGUGGGUCAGAAGUUUACAUACACUCAAUUAGUAUUUGGUAGCAUUGCCUUUAAAUUGUUUAACUUGGGUCAAACGUUUCGGGUAGCCUUCCACAAGCUUCCCACAAUAAGUUGGGUGAAUUUUGGCCCAUUCCUCCUGACAGAGCUGGUGUAACUGAGUCAGGUUUGUAGGCCUCCUUGCUCGCACACCCUUUUUCAGUUCUGCCCACAAAUGUUCUAUAGGAUUGAGGUCAGGGCUUUGUGAUGGCCACUCCAAUACCUUGACUUUGUUGUCCUUAAGCCAUUUUGCUACAACUUUGGAAGUAUGCUUGGGGUCAUUGUCCAUUUGGAAGACCCAUUUGCGACCAAGCUUUAAUUCCUGACUGAUGUCUUGAGAUGUUGCUUCAAUAUAUCCACAUAAUUUUCCUUCCUCAUGAUGUCAUCUUUUUUGUGAAGUGCACCAGUCCCUCCUGCAGCAAAGCACUCCCACAACAUGAUGCUGCCACCCCCGUGCUUCAUGCUUGGGAUGGUGUUCUUCUGCUUGCAAGCACCCCCCUUUUUCAUUUACAUUUACAUUUUAGUCAUUUAGCAGACGCUCUUAUCCAGAGCGACUUACAGUUAGUGAAUAUUUUUAUUAAUUUUUUAUACUGGCCCCCCGUGGGAAUCAAACCCACAACCCUGGCGUUGCAAACGCCAUGCUCUAUCAACUGAGCUACAUCCCUGCCGGCCAUUCCCUCCCCUACCCUGGACGACGCUGGGCCAAUUGUGCGCCGCCCCAUGAGUCUCCCGGUCGCGGCCGGCUGCGACAGAGCCUGGAUUCGAACCAGGAUCUCUAGUGGCACAGUUAGCACUGCGAUGCAGUGCCUUAGACCACUGCGCCACUCAGGAGAUGAGCCAGACUACCUCCAAACAUAACAAUGGUAAUUAUGGCCAAACAGUUCUAUUUUUGUUUCAUCAGACCAGAGGACCAAAAAGUACGAUCUUUGUCCCCAUGUGCAGUUGCAAACCGUAGUCUGGCUUUUUUAUGGCGGUUUUGGAGAAGUGGCUUCUUCCUUGCUGAGCGGCCUUUCAGGUUAUGUCGAUAUAGGACUCAUUUUACUGUGGAUAUAGAUACUUUUGUACCUGUUUCCUCCACCAUCUUCACAAGGUCCUUUGCUGUUGUUCUGGGAUUGAUUUGCACUUUUCGCACCAAAGUACGUUCAUCUCUAGGAGACAGAACGCGUCUCCUUCCUGAGCGGUAUGACGGCUGCGUGGUCCCAUGGUGUUUAUACUUGCGUACUAUUGUUUGUACAGAUGAAUGUGGUACCUUCAGGCAUUUGUAAAUUGCUCCCAAGGAUGAACCAGACUUGUGGAGGUCUACAAUUUUUUUUCUGAGGUCUUGGCUGAUUUCUUUUGAUUUUCCCAUGAUGUCAAGCAAAGAGGCACUGAGAUUGAAGGUAGGCCUUGAAAUACAUCCACAGGUAAACCUCCAAUUGACUCAAAUGAUGUCAAUUAGCCUAUCAGAAGCUUCUAAAGCCAUGACAUCAUUUUCUGUAAUUUUCCAAGCUGUUUAAAGGCACAGUCAACUUAUUGUAUGUAAACAUCUGACCCACUGGAAUUGUGAUACAGUGAAUUAUAAGUGAAAUAAUCUGUCUGUAAACAAUUGUUGGUAAAAUUACUUGUGUCAUGCACAAAGUAGAUGUCCUAACCGACUUGCCAAAACGAUAGUUUGUUAACAAGAAAUUUGCGGAGUGGUUGAAAAACUAGUUUUAAUGACUCCAACCUAAGCGUAUGUAAACUUCCGACUUCAACUGUAUGUUGUAUGAUAGAUUAUAUGUUAAGAGCUUCUGUUUGACAUGACCCCAGGCUCUGGAGGCAGUGAAUACUCGGCUGAGGGAGCUGUACCCUGAGAGUGAGGAGCUAUUUGACGUUGUGCUCAUGACUAAUAACCACGCACACGUCGGCCUCCGACUCAUCAACACCAUCAACCACCACCGUGAGUGCCUAAUCACACACACAGACACACACAUGCAUAAACACAUGCACACAUGGGCACCACCUGGCUAUUGUGCUGUGAAUGAGGACAUUUUUCAUUCAGAUUCAGUGUGAUGUCCUGAGAGUGGUCUAAGUGCCCAGGGCUGGGUUUCUACUAAGCUAAUAUAUGGAAUUGUUUUAAGAUGGUCAUAUCAAGGAUCAUUUAGCUAUUUGAUUUUGAAUUUUAGGAUAUAAUGUAAGAAAGCUCAGGAAAUAAUUAUAUAUAUAUUUUUACCCAUAUUUACCCCCUUUUUUUUUACACUAAAGUCCUUCCAUAUAUACUUCCAUUCAGUCCCACCUUUUGAUGGUGGGGUCAUAUUAUUAUUAUUAAACAGAUGGAUUUUAUUUUGUAUUAUGCUAAUUACAUUUCAGUGCGGACAUCGACUCUAGGGGGUUAAGGGCACCAGGAGAGGAGGCUGUUCUGAUGCACUGAUGAUGACGGUGCUCUGGGUGCUCCACACAGCUGGUCCUCCCCUUUCCCACACAGUCUGUAUGACCCUAUGGCCCUGUGUCCCUCCUCAGAACACACGCCUGCUCAAAACAUCACAGAACAACUUCAGCUGUGUGGGUCCUUAAGUCCUUAAACUCAAAUGUGUGUGUGUGUGUGUGUGAGCGAGCGAGCGAGCGAGCGAGCGAGCGAGAGAGAGAGAGAGAGAGAGAGAGAGAGAGAGAGAGAGAGAGAGAGAGAGAGAGAGAGAGAGAGAGAAUGUAAGAGAAUGAAAGAGAGAGUGGGUUGGGGAGGUUAAAGGCUAAAUGUUGUUUAGUACAUUACAUUCCCUUGUAAACUGUGGUUGUGUAGCGUGUCAUAAUGCUUUAAUAAAAGGACUUAUAGAUUACUAUGAAAUUAGGAAAUAACUAGACACAGCUCUGGCCGCUGGUUGGACUAGGAUGGUGUUGGGGCGAUCUCUCUCACGCUCGACACUCCACACGUCCUUUGGGAUGAGGGGAGUUGGGAGAUUUGGUUCUGGGCCCUGGGGGUGUGGGGGUUUGGGUAAUGAGGGGUUCAGUCCUACCCUCACUAAAAUAGCCUGACCAAGUGGAAACAUCUGUCCUGACUGAGACACUUUCUCAGGCUCUUUCCUUCCAGCUCACCCCUCAAUCCACUCUUUUCUCUCUUUACUCCUCUCUGGGCAUUUUUCUCUCUUUGCAUCUUUGGAUCUCCCAAGCCAUCGGUAACUGUUAUCUAAUCCCCUGAAUUACAGUCAGGAAUCAGUACAUUGACUCUAUGUCCUUCUCUCUUUCCUCUGCAGGGCUGUUCAUUGAGCGUUUCUGUAUGACGGGUGGGAACAGUCCCAUUGGGUACCUGAAGGCUUACCACACUAACCUGUACUUGUCCGCUGACCCCAUGAAG